GAAGUGCACGCGAGACCUGCUUCCGGGCGCCGGCGCCAUUUGUAGCCGUUGCCGGUCCCUGCCUGAGGGGCUUUUCUCUGUCUAUACAAUGAGCUACGAGCACCGCCAGAACUGGGGCCGCGAUGGUGGCGGGCCCCGCGGCUCGAGCAACGGCGGGUACGGAGGAAACCGCGGCGGGGGCGGAAGCCGGGGCGGUGGCGGAGGCAGCGGCGGCGGAGGAGGCGGCGGCGGCGGCGGAGGAGGCCGGGGCCGGCAUCCCGGACACCUGAAGGGCCGCGAAAUAGGCCUUUGGUACGCAAGGAAGCAGGGCCAGAAGAGCAAGGACGCCGAGCGCCAGGAGAGAGCUGUAGUGCGUAUGGAUGAACGUCGAGAAGAACAAAUUGUACAGCUGUUGAAUUCUGUCCAAACUAAGAAUGAUAAAGAUUCUCAGCCGCAGAUAUCCUGGUUUUCUCCUGAGGAUCAUGGAUAUGGCACUGAAAUUCCUGUCCAGAACAAACCACCUUCAGAAAAGAAAUUUUUGGAAAAAGAAAAGAAACCUUUGGACCAAGAAAAGAAGUUUGUAGACCGAGGCAAGAAAUUGACUGAAAGGGGAAAAUCAUUUGUAGAUAGAGAUUCUGAAUAUCUCUUGCAAGAGAAUGAGCCAGAUGUGGAUUUAGACCAGCUACUUAAGGAAGAUCUGAAAAGAAAGAAGUCUGAUCCCCGCUAUAUUGAAAUGCAGCAUUUCCGGGAGAAGCUGCCCUCAUAUGGAAUGCAAAAGGAAUUGGUAAAUUUGAUAAAUAACAAUCAGGUUACUGUCAUAAGUGGUGAGACUGGUUGUGGGAAAACCACCCAAGUUACCCAGUUCAUCCUAGAUGACUAUAUCGAAAGAGGAAAAGGAUCCGCCUGCCGGAUAGUGUGUACACAGCCCAGAAGAAUCAGUGCAAUUUCGGUUGCAGAGAGAGUGGCCGCAGAGAGAGCCGAACCAUGUGGCAGCGGCCAUAGUACCGGGUACCAGAUCCGCCUCCAGAGCCGGUUGCCAAGGAAACAAGGCUCCAUUUUGUACUGUACAACAGGAAUCAUUCUUCAGUGGCUCCAGUCAGAUCCGCAAUUAUCCAGUGUUAGUCACAUUGUACUUGAUGAAAUCCAUGAAAGGAAUCUGCAGUCAGAUGUUUUAAUGACUGUUAUUAAAGAUCUCCUAAACUUUCGACCUGACCUGAAAGUAAUUCUGAUGAGUGCAACUUUGAAUGCUGAGAAGUUUUCGGAAUAUUUUGAUCAUAGUCCAAUGAUUCACAUACCUGGUUUCACAUUCCCUGUUGCUGAAUAUCUUUUAGAAGAUGUGAUUGAAAAGAUAAGGUAUACACCAGAAAAUACAGAUCGCAAACCCCAGUUUAAAAGGGGUUUUAUGCAAGGUCAUGUAAAUAGACCAGAAAAAGAAGAGAAAGAAGCAAUUUAUAAAGAACGCUGGCCAGACUAUGUAAGGCAGCUGCGAGGAAGGUAUUCAGCAAAUACCAUAGAUGUUUUAGAAAUGAUGGAUGAUGAUAAAGUUGAUCUGAAUUUAGUUGCUGCACUUAUCCGACACAUUGUUUUGGAAGAAGAGGAUGGUGCGAUCUUGGUAUUCCUCCCAGGCUGGGACAACAUCAGCACUUUGCAUGACCUUUUGAUGUCACAGGUCAUGUUUAAAUCAGAUAGGUUCAUUAUAAUACCUUUGCACUCAUUGAUGCCUACUGUUAACCAGACACAGGUAUUUAAAAGGACCCCGCCUGGUGUUCGGAAAAUAGUCAUUGCUACGAAUAUUGCAGAAACAAGUAUCACCAUAGAUGAUGUCGUUCAUGUGAUUGAUGGUGGAAAAAUAAAAGAAACCCAUUUUGACACCCAGAAUAACAUCAGUACAAUGGCAGCAGAGUGGGUUAGUAAGGCAAAUGCCAAGCAGAGGAAAGGACGUGCUGGGAGAGUUCAACCAGGUCACUGCUAUCAUCUGUAUAAUGGUCUUCGAGCCAGCCUUCUGGACGACUAUCAGUUACCAGAAAUUUUGAGAACACCAUUAGAAGAACUGUGUUUACAAAUAAAGAUUUUAAGGUUAGGCGGAAUUGCUUAUUUCCUAAGCAGGUUAAUGGACCCACCAUCUCAUGAUGCCGUUUUACUGUCUAUAAAUCAUCUAAUGGAAUUGAAUGCUUUGGAUAAGCAAGAAGAAUUGACCCCUCUUGGAGUCCAUUUAGCACGAUUGCCAGUUGAGCCACAUAUUGGGAAAAUGAUUCUCUUUGGAGCCCUUUUUUGCUGCUUAGACCCAGUCCUUACCAUUGCAGCUAGUCUUAGCUUCAAAGAUCCCUUUGUCAUUCCACUGGGCAAAGAAAAAGUGGCCGAUGCCAGGAGGAAGGAAUUGUCAAAGAAUACGAAAAGUGACCACUUGACAGUUGUGAAUGCUUUCGAGGGAUGGGAAGAGGCGAGGAGACGUGGUUUCCGGUUUGAAAAGGAUUAUUGCUGGGAGUAUUUUCUCUCUUCAAACACACUGCAGAUGCUGCACAACAUGAAGGGACAGUUUGCCGAGCACCUUCUUGCUGCUGGAUUUGUGAGCAGCAAGAACCCAAAAGAUCCCAAAUCAAAUAUUAAUUCGGAUAAUGAAAAGAUAAUCAAAGCGGUUAUCUGCGCUGGCUUAUAUCCCAAAGUUGCUAAAAUACGGCCAAGUUUUAGUAAAAAAAGGAAAAUGGUGAAAGUUUGCACCAAAACUGAUGGAACAGUUAACAUUCAUCCUAAAUCUGUAAAUGUUGAAGAGUCAGAGUUCCAUUAUAACUGGCUGAUCUACCACCUGAAGAUGAGAACAAGCAGCAUAUAUUUAUAUGACUGCACAGAGGUAUCUCCCUACUGUCUCUUAUUCUUUGGAGGUGAUAUUUCCAUUCAGAAGGAUAAAGAUCAAGAUACUAUUGCUGUAGAUGAAUGGAUUGUCUUCCAGUCUCCAGCAAGAAUCGCCCAUCUUGUUAAGGAAUUAAGAAAAGAACUUGACGCCCUUUUGCAAGAAAAGAUUGAGAACCCUCAUCCCGUGGAUUGGAAAGAGACUCAGUCCCGAGAUUGUGCUGUGCUGUCUGCUAUCCUAGACUUGAUCAAAACUCAGGAAAAUGGGACACCCAGGAACUUUUCCCCACGAUUCCAGGAUGGAUACUACAGUUGACAACUUUUUUGGGGCAGUCCAAAAGACCUUUUAACCAUCUUUUCUCACUCUUAGUUUGAUUUUUGACUAAGUGGUGAAUAUUGGGGCCUGACUAAUUCCCAUGCAUCCUGUAUGUAGAUAGUGGUGAUGACCUAGAGUGCAUGACUUCUAAUGUUAGCUGUAGCUUUUAUAAAUAUCCCACGGAAUGCAGUACGUUCUCUGAUCACAUCAAUGUAUGUGUGUUAGUUGUGUCUCAACUUCACUGGCAUUCUCCUUAAAGGAAGACAGAGAUCGUGUACUGCUGAAAAACGACAUUUAUAUUCCCUGUACUGCCCGGCGCAAGGGCUCUUGUUAACCCUAAAUGUGUAUUGUGAUCAUAGAGCCAGUAGGAUUCCAGUGGUUAGUCAGAAGCAAGGUCAGUGAACAUUUGAACAGUGCUGCCUCUUUUUUACACAGCUUCCAACGGAAGGAAUCGAAUUCAAGUGUAUUAGCACAGUAUUUAAUAAAGUGUACAGUGGCGUAAAGAA